AUGAGGGCACGGCGCGAGGAGGAUGGGGGCAGCCGGCGAACGAGCGCCAAACGCGGGAGACACCGACGACACGGACACCGGCGCGUGGGAAAGGAGGCCAAAGAGGCGGGGCCGAGGGCUGGGGCCAGACGGCCGCAGCAGGGAGGGCGGGCGAGGAAGGGGAGAGACGAAUCCCACGGAACGAAACCACACGGGAAGAGACGGAGGGACGGGGGGAGCAGGGCGAGGGCCGCCAGCGACAGCGCUGGGGGCGCCCAGCGGGGGGACGGCGGUACACCAGGAGGCACUGCGGAGCGGCGGGCCAAGCGGGGCCAGGGAGGGCCCGGGCCUGGGGGAGGAAGGGCGGGACGCAGCCAAGCGGGGAAGGGCGAGAGUCGCGGCAGUGCGGCCACGGGGGAGCGCAGGGCGCGCAGCGAGGGCCAGGGCGGGAGCAAGGGGGCGCGGAACGGGGAAGCCGGGACAGGAACAGUGGCGGGGGCCGGAAGGAAAGCGGGGCGGGGGGAGCGCUCGGACGAGGCACGGGGAGGGCGGGGCAGCUGCGGGAAGCCGGGGAGGGGCCAGGCCAACGGGGCGAGGAGACCGGCGCGGCAGCAGAGAGGCGGAACCGGACGGAGCAUCAACGCACGGGACGCCCAGCGGGGGGGGGGGAAGAGGCGCCCAAGGGAGCGCGCCGCGGGCCCAGGCAACGGGAACGGGGGACCGGGAACCGUGACGGGCCGGGCAUGA